UCCACACAGCUACUAAUUGCUGUUGAGAGUGUUUUAAAAAUAUAAUUACGUCCUACAAGCUACAGCCGCCAUUAGAAAGUGUAGUCAAACAGGCAACAAUUUCAACGAUGACCUAUGGACAAUCUCGAGUAGAAUGAUGGCAAGAAGGUGUAGUCAUCCAGGUAUGACUAUUCAUGGCUUUAAGACCUUAAAUCGAUUUAGAAUUUAGUUAAAUUACUGCACAAUGUGGUAUGGUGCCCAGUUUGGUAACGUAGUGCACAUUUCGUGCAGAGAGAGAAACCGACCAAUGCUAUCGCUGCCUUCCAAGCUUCAAGUUCAAAUCAUUGGACGCAUAUGCAGCGGUUUGAAGGCGAUAACGAGAUUGAAUAGAAAGGAGAGGCGGCACACAUAUUUCGGUUCACAAUCCGUGUGGAUGUAUGACACUUCUUUAUUGAAAUCAACCGUAGGGGAAAGUGUCGUUAAAGAGAAAACGAGGAUGUGAUUUCCCCCUGGGUGAAUUUGAUAUUCAUGGGGGUAAACUCACCCAGUCCUACUUUUCCAAGAGCCCUCUUGAAGCACAUGGGAAAGAUCUGUGUCGGGGAGGUACAGGAGCAUGGCUGACCAUCUGGACUAUUCCAGCGAAGCGUGGUCCAGACAAGAAUCGGCUUCCUAGCCGUCACUUCUCGACCAGAGCCUAAGCCCCUCUCAGACACACUCCUGCUUCACCAGCUCCCUGAAAUCAAUGCUACAUUAUUUAUAUCAUGGGAUGCGUCAAAUCCAAGAAGAGCGAUCCGACCCAGUACGCCAACUCGGUGGAGAAGGUGGACGGCAAGCUUGGGAAGCGAUGGGGCGAGAAUGCGCUGCUGGUCCACUCUGAGACGGUGUCAGGGAAAGACUCUGCCCGGGUGGACCCCAUCCUGCUGGAGUACGCCCAGCGGCUGUCGGAGGAGAUUGUGGCCCGGGCAGUGCAGCAGUGGCUGGAGGUGGACAGCCGCUACAGUGACAUCCCCUACAUCGAGUGUGACGUGCCAUGAGGGGAGGAGGAGGGGAGGGGGGGGGGGGCAGGUAGUGCAAGAGGCAUUUCUGUUCUGGGAUUCACCUUGACCCUCUGGGGAGAGAGAGACAAAUGGAUGCCCAGAAGACAGGAGACCAGACAGCACUCAGAUUCAGGGUGAAACAAAAAAACACUACGAACAUGUACCAGCUGGAGAUGACAGAUGUUUAUCCCAAUCUAUGGUCCAAAGCCAUUUUUCUGUUUAAUUAAUACAUACUUGGAUGUUGUAACUCAUUUGGUGACAUUUUGACCUUGACUAACAGACAAAGACCUUGGCUACUCCUCUCAUAUUCAAUCUAGACCAUGUGCUUCCCUCCAUCGUUAGCUAGAGGAUGAGAGUUGGGGUGGGUUUGGUUAAACCGUCUUGGGAGCCAAUAAAGCAGGGGAGUAUCAUUGAAUCCUGCUUUGAAAAUUACCGGUUCUGCCUUUCAGUAAAAUUAUACAGUUUAUUUUUUUUUGUUGCUUGACGCGUGUCAUCCUGGGGCCAAAUUUCAGGUCCUAUGUAGGAAGUUAUUAAUAGGCCCCUCAAGUGGCCAGUGUUUUUCACUUGAAAUGUUUGCUGGGAUCAGCAGCUACACACCUCCCUCUCCAUCUGUCUUCCCAGACAGAAGCUCCCAGUUUAGGGUUAUUGGAUAAUGGCGUCCCAGGGGGCCUGUGGUCCACAUCCACCAACAAAGGAAACUCAUUCUUCAAACUACCCAUGAAGUAGGUCCGGGACGAUACCAGUAUCGCGAUAUUCGUUAGUAUCGGGGCAAGGAAACAAAACAUGAAGCGAAUUUAACUUCAGCCCUAAUGUUGGAAACAAAAAUCAUUAUGUUGUCCCGUUCAUUUAUUUUCCAAGCUAUAGCACACAAUAUUUUACAUACAGCAGGUUUUUAAAGGACCAAAGAGCUUCGUGUUUUUAUUUUUGCCAUGGAAAGAAUAUCGCGAUACGGGUCCCGGCCUACCAUUAAGCAGGUCUGACCACGAGCUGCAGCAACCGAGGACCUGACUACGGUCACUUUGACAAAAUGAUGCUCUAGGAAUGUUUUACAGAGGUUCAGCGUCCUCCCAUUUUGUGAAUUUGAAUGCCAAUGACAAUAGGACAUUCCUGAGGGCUGGCUAGGUCCGCAUGCCAUGAGUAAAUCAGGACAUUAGGACGGAUUCACACACUUUUACCGGGACUUUGCUUCUGGGCACAAAAAGAGUGCUGGGUUCACAAAUACCUUUUGUUUUGGCCAAAAAUGUCUAGGGCCAAGCACCCUGGUUUUUACUUACUGUAUUCUAUCCAAUGAUGAACUACUGCCAUCUGCCCCAUAGAAUUUACAGCACAAAUAUGCAACUCUAAAAGGCCAUGCUAUUUUUAUUAAGAGCAAAUGGCUUCUUAAUUGUACGAUGCUAUUAUAACAGGCCAAAGACACACAUACUCACAACAGAGAGUUGAGUUGUUUGGAAUAGGGGACCACAACUGCCAAAGUCCUUAAUGAACGCGAAUACAAGCACUAUGUUUGAUGGGCUUUCUUACGACGUUUAUUCGAUAGAAGGCGAUAUCAGUGAGUUUUAGUCAUAGCACGUCAGUUCCCACCCUACCACAAACGAUGUUCAAGAAGCUCUAAAAAAGUUGCAUUAGUCUAGGCUGGGCAACAUGGCACAUUAACAAGUGGACAUUAUUUCACUGGAAAAUCAAGUUUUGGUGAAGUUUGGAAUGUGUAUCUCAAGUGAGAAUUCAGCUGCCAGGGCACUAGGUUUGCUCAGCAAAAAAAUGUGGUGGUUGUGGUGGUGUGCUUUAAAACUCCAUUACAGUUAAAAGCAACAAAUAGUGUUUAUAACGACAUUUGCACUAAUCUGGGUUGAGAGAUUCAUCUCUUGAACCAUCCCAAAAAUUCUGUAAACAAAUUGAAAAGCCUGUCGAAUGCCUCCCAGUCGAAACAGUUUGCGCGUAUAUUGCAACAACAUUUUGUGACGUUAUUCUUUGUUUUGGCUGUUUUUUGUUGUUGUUGUCUGUUCGCGCACACAAACAUUUUUCUUGAGGCAAGUUGAAGUUUGGUAGCCCAAGUAUAUGCCCCUUCGUCGGUGAUUGGUCAACAGUACUACUCCUAGUAGCAGUGGGAACUAUAGACAGGAUUAUUCAAAUUUUCACGCACAUUUUCUCACUUGAGAAAUACUGCACCAAACAUCUUAGUUAGAUGUAAAAUUACUAAGACCUCCUCAGCAAAAAUGGCAACAUUAAUUACUAAUAAUUCUUGAUUUAUCAUUGAUUCAUUCUGACUCUUUUGAAGAAGUGUUAUUGGCUAAGUUGUUGCUACGGCAUCUCAAGAGGGACAAACCGUAAUAUUGCUGCUUUUUUCUUGUUUUUCAAGCAAAGGUCUUUUUAAGGGAGUUUGCUAGUAGUAAACCAAACUUAGUUUGCAGGCCCAUUUAGCGGUGACCCAAUUUUUUUCCCCAUACUGAAUUCCUAAAUCUAAAAACUGGGAGGUGGAGGGUUUAGAAACAGAUCACUGUUAUCACUGCUUCAGCUAAAUGUUGUAACAACGUAUAGAUAAAGCUGCAAAAAACAAUACAUUCAAAAGUUGAUUUCCAUCAA